ACUGUAGGAUAGAGUAGCCCACAGAACAGACGUUCCGUGGGCGUAGCAGUUUGAGGUUCUCGCUGUGCGCAACGUGGGCUUCUCCAAGCUAUCGUAUUGCAAUAUGUCAGAGAGCGUUAGUAGGAGUUCAAGAAAAGUAGAUAAGGUAGACUAGCUCAUACCAUAUUGUAAAUGUCCGUCCCUAUCAACUGACAGGUCCCACCCUAGGUUGAUGACAGUGUUGUCCCCUCACAAGAAAACCUGGAUUGUGCUUUAUCCUUGGCGAUUGGAUUGGUUUGAGUUCACCUGACUCACACUCGCAGACCUGGUGUGUGUGCAUGCAGCAUUAUGGAUCCGACGAGGCUUCUAACGGAGAACGACCGCCGCUCUCUUUCAACAACUCCAGCCCGUUACCCGUGGCUCCUUCACGGGUAAGGAGGUUCGCUCAGGAGAGGCGAGCGCUCCCUCAGCCGAGAGUGAUGGUGGUAUUCUCGGCCGCAAAUGAGAUUGAUAAACCAGGCGAUGCAAUGUCGAGUUCGGACUCUGCGGAGGAUGAUUUCCGAAAGCCAGCCACCCCCGCACCGAACCUAAAUCUAGGCAAGUCUCUUCGUACCACCUUUAACGAAUCUCCAUCUCCAGAGUUUCCUGAGGUUAUUUCUCUCAACGUGGGUGGGACCUACUUCACCACCCGCCUGUCCACUUUACGCCGCUAUGACGACACCAUGCUCGCCGCCAUGUUUAGUGGACGCCAUCACAUCCCACGUGAUGCUGAAGGUCGCUUCUUCAUUGACCGGGAUGGGGCAUAUUUCGGGGACAUCCUGAACUUCCUGCGCGAGGGUGAACUACCUCAGAGGGAUCGUGUGAGGUCAGUACACAGGGAGGCCCAGUACUAUGCUAUUGGUCCCCUGUUGGACAGCCUGGAGGACACUCAGCCACUCACAGGAGAGAAAGUCCGCCAGGCCUUCCUCGACCUCCUGCCCUACUACAAGGAUAAUCUGGAGCGCAUCGUGGAGAUUGCCAAACUGCGGGCCAUGCAGAGGAAGGCUCGCUUCGCCAAGCUGAAGAUUUGCGUGUACAAGGAGGAGAUGCCCAUCACGCCGUACGAGCGGCCGCUCUUCAAUUCGUUGCGCUUUGAGCGCACGGAGAGUGAGGCCAAGCUGUUCGAGCACCACUGUGAGGUGGACGUGUCGUUCGGGCCCUGGGAGGCGGUGGCGGACGUUUACGACCUGCUCCACUGCAUCGUCAGUGACCUGGCGGAGCGUGGCAUCACUGCCGACCAGCAAUGCAUCGGUGUCUGUGACAAACAUCUCAUCAACCACUACUACUGCAAGAGGCCCAUCUACGAGUUCAAGAUCACAUGGUGGUAAAGCAGGAGGACAAAAGAUCUUGCUGUCUGAGUUGUGAGGCGGACUCCUGUCGUGUUAUGCCAACUGAUCUCCUUCCUGGUCCCUCAGGAUGAGCGAGAAUAGGGGUAGUCUUAUUCUCCCUUUUCUAGAACUGAAACCUAUGAAGUGCUGAGUUUAUAGAAAGGAGGGAGUCUGGCUUUUGUGCUUCUGUUUCCUAACUCAAUAGUUGUGACCAAUGUUUCCUGUGUUGAUUUUUUUUAACAGUAUUUACCUAGGGUCUCAUUGGCUGCUUCUUAUUUUUUACUUGUUAAACUCUGGGAGUUUUUGUUCUCAUCCAACCUUGUAGAUCGGCCAAGGUUUUUCAGAAAAGGGUCAAGUUAAUCUCAUAUUGUGAUUCCAGUGUUGUCUGUCCCUUUGUCUUCAUUCCUACUUAUGCUGUUAUGCAUUCUACGUUGUGCGUUUCUGUGGUAACCACUUUGUUUGGUCGCGAGAGAAACUGGAUGCAAUUAUGCAAGCUGGGGAAAUAUUGUUAAAGUACUGUAUAUAGCUACAUGUAAAUGUAUAUUUUGUUACUGAUGCUGGUCUUUGAUUUAUACAUUAUAUUUUCUGUCACUUACUCUCCUGUAAAGAUUUAGAAGUCCUAGAUUAGAGACACCAGUAAGUGUCGAUCUUUGCUAAACAGUCUGUGAUCAGCUUGGCUUUGGAAAGUCAUUAUUUUUUUACCAUUACAGUUUUAGAGACCCAAAGGAAAUUAGAGAGUUGAAAAUCAAAUAGAUUAAAGGGGCAUGGUCAAAGUUAUUUUACUUCAGUUUCCUCUUGAUGGAUCCCAUAUGUUCUUAUAACUGGAAAUGGUUAUCUGGCAGUUGAAAAUGGUGCAUGUGCUUCCUGUAAGUAAAAUCUUACUGCCCCAGAAUUUCUCUCUGAAGGGGUUUCUAUAGAUGAAGGAACAUUUUUAAUGUGCUGCUAAAAGUAAUUUACACUUAAAAAGCUAAGAACACGACAUAUACACCACAUGGCCAAAAGUAUGUGGACACACCUUCAAAUUAGUGGAUUCUGCCAUUUCAGCCACACCCGUUGCUGACAGGUGUAUAAAAUCAAGCACACAG